AUCAAGGGAUUUGUUGUUGAUAGCUUGCAAGAAGUCAAAUCCAAGUACCUGUCAUUCUCUGGUUUUAAUAAUUCAAAAUCAAACUCAUUGUUUGUAUCUGAAAGGAGGGACACCAUUCCUGGGCUUCCUAUCACCUCAUGCAUUCUUAGUCGCUGAGAGAAAAGUAUGGGAAAAUCGAUUAAAAAAUGACAACUAUAGAAUCACUUGCACUUAUGAAUUAUCGAGAGGAGGAUUUUCUGGAAAUAAAAAAGCGAACGAAGGUUCUAUUUGAAAAGGAACCACUAAAGGCCCAGACGGACGCCUGUCUAAAAAGAUUCCUACGCGCGUUUUUAGACGUGGACGAGGCGCACACAGCCUUACUGAAAUACAUCAAGUGGCGCGAUGACUACGGCGUCGACUAUCUUAGCAACGAUGAUGACGUCAUACAGGAAGUCGAUACCGGGAAGGCUGUGGUUCUGGACUUUCCAGAUCACAGUGGAAGGCCAAUCAUUCUUAUAAACGCCAGACUUCACGACGCGAGGAACAGGGACCUUGAAGUCAUUACAAAGUUUAUCAUCUAUACUCUUGAAAUGGCCUUGAGAAAGUGCAACGAAGACAUAAUAGAUAAUGUCUGCAUCGCAUUCGAUAUGAAGGGCUUCUCGUUUAGCAACAUGGAUUACGGAUUCGUGAAGCAGCUGAUAUGGCUACUGUCCCGUAGAUAUCCCGAGCGGCUGGGAGUCUGCCUUCUCAUUAAUGCACCACUCAUAUUUAGUGGCUGUUGGUCACUUAUCAGACUUUGGAUAAACGAUGUCACCGCAAACAAGAUUGUAUUUAUCCGAGAUCGGGACCACUUAUCCGAAUUUAUAGCAACUGGCAUCUUGCCAAUAGAUGAUUUAUGAAUGACUUCAACAAUUUAAAUUGACCCCACAACUCGCCACAAUCUUUCGAAUAUGUGAUACAUAAGCACCCAUCUCGCGACAUAAUGCACCAGUUUACGAUUUAUAUGAAUAUACUUUCUUCAAUUUCGACAACGUUCCGAUAUACGAUUAAUAAACGAUCAUCUUCGACAUACUGUAAUACUAUUUAUGGACGCGUACUAUCUACACAACUCGACAAUGAAUCGCGAUUCAUAAGCAGUCAUCUUCGACAUGUGCCAAUAGACUAUUUAUCAAUAACCUCUAGACGAAAAUCUUUGUUUUUAAAAGCAGAUACGAAAAAUAGAUAAACAAAAUAAGUACUGUAUUGGACAAUAAGAUGUAUAUGUUAUUAUUGCGGCUUGUUCUCGCAGUGGAUUAUAAUUAUAACUAUUAUAUAUAACUAUUUAUAUAGUUAUAUAUAACAGGCCUUCACUCUUGGUAAUCUUAUCUAGAACUUAAUUCCUUUUUUACUUACUCAAAUAUUUCUAGUCACUCGUUUCAAAUACAAGAUAUGUAAAUACACAGUAACAGUUGUUUUUGUGGUUUACCAACCCACCAGGCAAAGAUUGGACUGGUUCAUAUUGUAGUAAAUAAAAUGUGAAACAUUUUAA